CGCCUUAGCAGCCUCGCCGACUAUAGGCCCGCUUGGCUAGUUUAUAGGUACCACCUUGGCUUGCACGCUAUUCCGCCUGGCCGAGAUUGUGCAAGCAAAAUGCAUUACGGACGAAUACCAGCCGACUACCGACCGCAAACCAAUAGCAUUAUAAACGUAAACGAAUAUUAUUUUACAUUUAUUUCACUGAAUUCACAUCAAUUCGAAAAUCUCUUACAUCAAACGGAAUACAUACAAGAAACGUAUGCAUUACACGUACUAUACAUGUCGCGUUGGACAAAGAACAUCAUUAUAGAUUACGUGCUACAUCGUGGUUAUGUAAAUAUUGAAGCAAAAGGAUGCAGUUUAAAAGCUUCUUUCGAGAAGUACGAUGAAGUUGAAACAAAUACUACAAACUACGAUGUCGUAGAUAGAAGUAGUAGGUCACGUUCUACGAAAUAUAAUCCCGGUUACUCAAGUUUUACUUAACUGCUUUAUCUGUGUUUUACCAGCGAAUCGUAUUUUCCGAUUAAUAGAAUUCGAUCGUUUUCGAUUAACAAGAAGUAUAGCAACGUUAUUAUCGACCUUGUUAUUUCUUAGGUAUCAGGAAAUUGCGAACUGAAUAAUUUCAUUAAUUAAAAUUGAAUUAACAAAUAUGUAGAUCUUCGGAAUAAUUUUAGAUCUUUGGAAAUUAUUUAAGAAAAUUCAAAUUAAGUUUUCCACUUUGUUUGUGGAAAUAAUCAGUAGCAAAUGAUAUUUGUUACUUUAAAGUAAUGUAUUAUAUCGCUAAUACACUGACACGUUGUGUAUUAUUACUUAAAUUAAUUUAAUUAUUCGACUAUUUACGCUUGAGAUUCAAAUUUUGUUGAUUCUCGCAGCCCGCGUUUAUAAUAAUUAUCGUAAAUAUGUAAUUUAAAUACGAUCCAUCUUUCGUAAACACAAAUAAUUUAUAAUCUGAUAUUCCGCAGAAUUUUUAUAAUCUAUGCCUGACACAUUCGCUUCCAAAAGUGAUAAAUAAUGAGAAGUCCUCGAGUUGGAAGCAUGAAGAAUCUGAAUUAUAUUUAAUAUAAGCAAAGUUUUCUUUGGAAUUCGUAUAUUGUUAUGAAUUCAUAUGUUCCAAAUGAUAAAAUUAUGAAAGGAAAUUGACUUUCUCGUCUUAAUUUUAUACGCGUUUCUAUAUUUUGUUAGCUACAAUACAUUAUUUUCUCGAAUCAACUCAGAGAUACAAAUAUUUCUCGUAUUUGUCAAAUAACAAGAAUAUCUGUUGAAUUACACAGAAAACUUAAACAUUAUUCUGACAUUCUUCGAAGUUUAAGAAAAGAGAACAUUGUAUGAACGAGUAUCUACAGUAAAGAUACAUUUUGAGACAUCGUCCCACUGACUCGGGACUUUUAAAAGAAAGAAAUCAAGGAAAGCAACUUUGCUACAUUUCUCUGUUCGAAGACCAGAGCACCACGUCUGACAGGAUUUUCAUAUUUUCAUAUUUUCAUAUACAAUAUUCUAAUUUAAAUUUCUCUUUACACGUACAUGCCACCCAUUUCUUUAUAUUUCAUUUGUUACUUCUUAGGGCACGUUUAAACUAGACGAACAAGUGCUCGUUCAUCCGCCAUUUCCACAAAAUUCGUGCUCGUUUAAAUGAUAAUAUCGAGCUAUGCUCGCGGUGAAUGUGAGCGAAUAUUCGUGCUCGAAUCAAGUAUGGACGAAUGCUCAAUAGUUAUUACUAGACUGCUGAUUAUCGUGCAUUUAUGCAGAAUUUAGAGGUGCAAAAAUAUUAUUCCUACUACGUGUACGUAACACUCGCUAGAAUAUUUAACAAUUAAAAUAACUCCUCACUCGGAUUACAUUUUUUUUUAAAUUAGAUUCGUAAUAAUACGAAUUUGCGUAAAAUGAACGUUCUGCCAAUAUUUGAACGCUUGGCGAAUAAUCCAUUUUGGCUAUUUGUUAAUUCACGUUAACAUUAUAAUAAACGGUCUAAUAUAAUAUAUCUGAUUAUCGAUAUUCGUACGUUAUAAAUUAUUUUUUGUAUUUAAUACUUAUAUUUAUUACUUUCAUCUUUUUACUUUUUAGAGCUUCGUAGUUAC